GUGAAGGUGCGCCGGUGGUAGGUGUAGCGAACAAACUGAAAUAGGAUCGCGAGAGUGUAUUGAUAUUUAUAGGUUAUUCGUCUUUCAGUGACAGCAUUUUCUCGCUUAUUCUGAAGAUCAUCAUGAGUUAAGGACUUACAAACUUGCUUACUUUUUUCGAUGAAGUCGAAGCAUUUUUUCGGGCCCUUGUAACAAGAAACAUCAAGAUGCAACGUUUGGCGUCUUUUUUGCCACCGGCUUGUGCCAACUUUUUUCCAAAGACGGGAAAAACAGUCGGCAUUAUAGGUGGAGGAGCUGCAGGAAUGCUGGCUGCUGAACGUCUCCGUAUGGUGCUUGACUUGUUCUAGGACAGUUUCUACAUCUAUUUGAGUGAUUUUGAAUAAGUGUACUAGUACGGAAAAUUAGACGAGUCAGAGCAGUCUUCUACUUCAUCUACUCCUUCUUGCUAUUUUUAUGCAAGGUAGGAGAUCGUGAUGCGUCCUCUGUCUACUGAGUAUCACCAGACCUCAGCCCUUUCCACUACUCCUCUCUCUUGAUGAUUAUCUUCUGCUAGUUUUCCUUACUUCUGCUUCUUGCAGCCACGACUGUCUCAGUCUAUUCAUCAUGUUCAUAGUCAUCAUCUUCAUAGAGGUUGCAUUUCAUGCGUUGCCACCUAUUCGACGUGACCGUGAUCGACCCGAAGAGCUACUACGAGUACUCUCCCGGGAUGUGUCGCGCCUUUGUGCAACCCUUUUCAGCACACAAGCGGAUCACCUUCGAUAUGAUGACAGAAAACAGCUUCGCGUCCUCCACAAAGAAGAAGAAACUUUACUUAUAGUGUGUUCUCUUUCUCCACGUAUGACGCAAGAUGAUGAAGAAGAAGCACUUGAUCUUCACAGUUUUUUAGUUUCCUCCAUAGAUGUAGUAAAUGAUCAUGCCCAGCAUGCGUGACCAUGUUGUUGUUGACUACCCGAGCCAUAUAAAAGACGCACACGCAGACAACUCAGGAAUAGGAAGUGCUUCAACACGUUGAAUCUUCUUCAUAUUAGACGACAUCUUCGCGCUCGCCUUUCAUAUUGAAUUAUCGGCGAAUACUCGAGGACGCACUUGGCGUCGAAUUUAUGCGAGGGUAUGUGGAAUCACUAGUGGAUCGGGCAGGUGAGGCAACGGGCUCUACACCAGUUAAGGCCUUUUUCUGGUAGUGGCAUCAGUGACAUUGACAUUGACUAUUCAUCUCUCUCUUUAACCAAUACCAACGUACGCAGAGUCCUCAUAUGCUUACUUAUGCUGGGCGUGGACCAAGGAGGAUACCGAGGUCUAAAGCAGAUAGGACCAAAAAGUUGUCUUCGUCUAGACCGAAAAAGUCACUUUAUCUAAUACGUCUUCGAAUGCCGAGCCUGCAGGAGCGCCAGAAAAUGGAGGGCCAUUUAUGGGUAGGUUAAAGGUCAAGGUGUUCCUGUUACUGUUCAUUCUGCCUCUCUGAAAGGGGAAAGGCAUAACGGAGAACGGGGUAAAGAACAGACGUCUAAAGCCCUCCCGCUAAGUCAACAUCUUCAUCGUGAGCCGGGUCAUUCUCCUCAGCGAGUGCCUCGUCAUCAGCGUCAAAACAGCUAAGGCCUAG